CGAGCCCCCGGAGCGCUGAGAGACGGUCCCACAGAGACGCGGCCAUGGCUGGAAAGGGGAUGCAGGGGUUCCUGCCGCCCUUCAAGCACUUCGCCACCCAUGCCAUCCACGCCGGCCAGGAGCCCGAGCAGUGGCGCUCCGGGGCCGUGGUGCCGCCCAUCUCGCUCUCCACCACCUUCAAGCAGCGGGCGCCCGGCGAGCACGCGGGUUAUGAGUACAUCCGGUCUGGGAACCCCACUCGGGAUUGCCUGGAAAAGGCUGUGGCUGCCCUCGAUGGAGCCAAAUACUGCUUGGCUUAUUCCUCUGGCUUAGCAGGGAUGGAGUGA